UCACAAGUCGUUUCGACAUGAAGGCGAUCACACUGGUAGCGUUGGUGGGCCUGGCAGCUCUGGCUGCCGGCUACGUCGUAGUGCCCGAGGACAAGAUUACGUACGCUGACAAGGACUUCCUGGUGAAGCAGAAGCAGCUGCUGGAGGUGUUCCAACAUGUGCACCAGCACGAGGUUCACACCGAGCUGUGGGAGGUGUCGAAGGAGUACAAGAUCGAGGAACACUACGACUACUACACGAACGUCGAAGCCGUUAAGGAGUUUGUUGAGUUCUACAAGCACGGUAUGCUGCCGUUCGAUGAGAUUUUCAGCGUGUUCCACGAGACGCAUCGUGAGCAGGCGAUCGCUCUAUUCCACGUGUUCUACUACGCCAAGGACUGGGAAACCUUCUACAAGUCGAUCGUGUGGGCUCGCUUCCACAUGAACGAAGGUAUGUUCGUGUACGCCGUCACCGUCGCCAUGUUGCACCGCAAGGAUAUGGCCGGUCUGGAACUGCCUGCCCCGUACGAGAUCUACCCAUACUACUUCUUCAACACUGAAGUCAUCCAGAAGGCUGCUCAGUACAAGAUGCAAGGAUUCUACGGCAUGAAGAAGAUCGACGACGUCUACACCGCCAUCAUCCCAACCAACUACACCGGCUGGUACGUGCACACCAACGAGGACCAGAAGGUUUCGUACUUCACUGAGGACAUCGGCCUGAACACGUACUACUACUACUUCCACGCUGACUACCCGUUCUGGAUGGGAGGCAAGGAAUUUGGACUGUACAAGGACCGUCGUGGUGAAAUGUACCUGUACAAACAUCAGCAGCUACUCGCCCGUUACUACCUGGAACGCCUGUCCAACGACCUGGGAGUCAUCCCGGAGUUCUCCUGGUACAAACCCAUCAAAACCGGAUACUACCCGAACAUGCACUACUACAACGGAGUCAGCUUCCCGUCCCGUGACAACCUCUUCAACGUUUACACCCCGGAGAACUACUUCGAGAUUGAUGAGCUCGUCGACUACGAACACCGCAUCCGCGAGGUCAUUGAUCAGGGUUACAUUGUGCUGCCCGACGGAAGCCACAUUGAUCUGACCAAACCCGAAUCGAUCGAGUAUCUCGGUAACUUGAUCCAGGAGAACCCGGACAGUGUCAACACUCGCUACUACAAGUACGUCGGAGAGAUUGCCCGCGUUCUGCUGGGCGCUUCCGUGGAACACUUUGACGACCACAAGGUCAUCCCGGGUGCCUUGGAGCACUUUGAGACCUCGAUGCGUGACCCAAUGUUCUACCAGCUGUACAAGCGCAUCACUCACUGGUACUGGGAGUUCAAGGAUCACCUGCCGCACUACACCUACGACGAGAUUAACUUCCCCGGACUGAAAAUCGAAUCGGCUGAAGUCGACAAGCUCGUCACUUACUUUGACCGUUACGACGCUGACAUCACCAACGCCGUCGAUGUGGAGGUCUUUGACGAAGCUUCCAUGAAGUCCGCGUCCACGAUCAAGAAGUUUGGCAAGAUCGCCCACUACCAGGGUGAGGACUUUGUCAUCAAGGCUCGCCAGUGGCGUCUGAACCACAUGCCCUUCACCGUCAAGCUGAACGUCAUGUCCGAGAAGGCCACCAAGGGUAUUGUGCGCAUGUACCUGGGACCGAAAUACGACGCGUACGGUCACGUGUACGGAGUCAACGAGAACCGCGAAAACUUUGUUCUGCUGGAUGUGUUCCCGUAUGAAUUUGUCGUUGGCAAGAACACCAUCGUCCGUGACUCGACCAAGUUCCCACUGUACGUCCAGGACCGCACCAGCUACUUUGAGCUGUACAAGUGGGUUAUGGAUGCGUACAACGGCGUCAAGAAGUUCCCGCUGGACAUGACCGAAGCCCACUGCGGAUUCCCGUCCCGGCUGAUGCUCCCCAAGGGCAAGAAGGGCGGUAUGCCGUUCCAGCUGUACUUUAUCGUUUCGCCGUACCACGCCCCGUCCACUCCUCAGUACGAGGGGUACGACUACACCCUGAACUGCGGCGUCGGCUCGGGAGCCCGCUACGUCGACUCGCUGCCGUUCGGAUAUCCGUUCGACCGGCCCAUCGACGAGAAGAUCUGGUUCACGCCCAACAUGUACUACUACGACACCCUGAUCUUCAACAAGAACGAGAAGGAAAUCAACGCCGUUCACUAAGGAUAAAGUCUGAAUAAAGCGAAUGUUGCUCAUUGCUCAAAUUAGAAA